CGUCGGUCACUGAACCCGACCAAAAAACUAACGAGAGCCUCGGCCAUGGAGUUAAAAUGUCCCGUCAGGGUUGAACAGCUUUCCCAUCGGCCCGCUCGCAGCCAGAACGGAAACAAGGUGGUGAAUCAGCCCGCUAAGAAGAACGUUAAGACCGGUACCACGAAAUCCCCCACGGUCUUCUCGGACAAAGGCGUUCAGGUCAAGAGGUACAGCAGCGAUGAAAGCAAGCCCGAAACGCCAACGCUCGAUUUCUACAACAACAUCCCCCUCGAUUCGGAGCAAAUUAAAUCCACCGUUCACAAGAGG